GCCCGCUGGGUCCCUCCAAGAUGGCGGCGCAGAGGAGGAGCCUGCUGCAAAGUUGUCCUUCCCAGGAACAGCAGCCAAGUUGGACAGAUGACCUGCCUCUCUGCCACCUCUCUGGGGUGGGCUCAGCCUCCAACCGAAGCUACUCUGCUGAUGGCAAGGGCACUGAAAGCCACCCGCCGGAGGACAGCUGGCUCAAGUUCAGGAGCGAGAGCAGCUGCUUUCUGUAUGGGGUCUUCAACGGCUAUGACGGCAACCGGGUGACCAGCUUCGUGGCCCAGCGGCUGUCCGCGGAGCUCCUGCUGGGCCAGCUCAGCGCUGAGCACACAGAGGCCGACGUGCAUCGUGUGCUGCUGCAGGCCUUCGACGUGGUGGAGAGGAGCUUCCUGGAGUCCAUCGAUGACGCCCUGGCUGAGAAGGCCAGCCUGCAGUCCCAGCUGCCAGAGGGUGUCGCCCAGCACCAGCUGCUUCCCCAGUAUCAGAAGAUCCUCGAAAGACUCAAGGUGUUGGAGAGGGAGAUUUCGGGAGGGGCCAUGGCUGUCGUGGCCGUACUUCUCAACAACAAGCUCUAUGUCGCCAACGUCGGUACGAACCGUGCACUUCUAUGCAAGUCCACGGUGGAUGGGCUACAGGUGACACAGCUGAACGUGGACCACACCACAGAGAACGAGGAUGAGCUCUUCCGCCUCUCACAGCUGGGUCUGGACGCAGGAAAGAUCAAGCAAGUGGGGAUCAUCUGUGGGCAGGAGAGCACCAGGCGCAUCGGGGAUUACAAGGUCAAAUACGGCUACACUGACAUCGACCUACUCAGCGCCGCCAAAUCCAAGCCGAUCAUCGCGGAACCUGAAAUCCACGGUGCACAGCCCCUGGACGGGGUGACCGGCUUCCUGGUGCUGAUGUCGGAGGGGCUGUACAAGGCCCUGGAGGCGGCCCACGGGCCUGGGCAGGCCAACCAGGAGAUCGCUGCCAUGAUUGACACUGAGUUCGCCAAGCAGACUUCCCUGGAUGCAGUGGCUCAGGCCGUGGUGGACCGGGUGAAGCGCAUCCACAGUGACACCUUUGCCAGUGGCGGGGAGCGUGCCAAGUUCUGCGCGAGGCACGAGGACAUGACGCUGCUGGUGAGGAACUUCGGCUACCCGCUGGGUGAGAUGAGCCAGCCCACGGCGUCCCCCGCCCCCGCCGCCGGUGGACGUGUGUACCCUGUGUCCGUGCCUUACUCGAGCACCCAGAGCACCAGCAAGACCAGCGUGACCCUCUCCCUCGUCAUGCCCUCACAGGGCCAGCUGGUCAACGGGGCCCACAGCGCUUCCGCCCUGGAUGAAGCCACUCCCACCCUCACCAACCAGAGCCCGACCCUGACCCUGCAGUCCACCAACACGCACACGCAGAGCAGCAGCUCCAGCUCGGACGGGGGGCUCUUCCGUUCCCGGCCCGCCCACUCGCUCCCACCUGGCGAGGAUGGCCGCGUUGAGCCCUACGUGGACUUUGCUGAGUUCUACCGCCUCUGGAGCGUGGACCACGGCGAGCAGAGCGUGAUGACGGCACCCUAGCCCCGACCAGGGAGUGCAGCCCGGGCAGGGUCUCGCUUGAGAACAAGGGGGCCCACCGCUGGGGCAGGGUGGGCUUUUUCCUGCCGGUGUCCUGUGCCAUGGGGGCCAGUGGGUACCUGGUCUGCAGACUGGACCCCUCCCUCAGGCAGCCUCCGCCAGGACGGUCCUCACAGAACAAAGGUGCGAGUACAGAAGCUGGGCCAGCCUGCGAGCCCGCCACGUGGAGCAGAACGUGAAGAGGUUCUCCUGGGACCCAGCAGCUUCCCGCCACCCCCUCCCCGUGCAGGAGCCUGUGGCCAGCACCAGCGCCUCUCACCGCUGGGCAGCGGUUCCCCGCUGUUCGUCCCCAGCUUCCAAAGUGAACCCCAGUUGACAUCUGCACCUUUGAAGCCUGCGUCUGACCACAGGGCUCCGCGCCUAGGCCAGCCCAGGUGUUUUCAGGGGUAAACGCUUGGGAAGACCAGGGAGGUGCUGGGGCCUGGGAUGGCUGCCAAGGGGCCAGGUCAGGGAGGAAGGAACUGGAGGUAACAAGAGGAUCACUGGUCCCGGAGCCCCCCAGAGCGAGCAAGCUGGGCUGGCGAGCUCCCCCGGAGAUGGUGGGGCAGGAGGGGCGAGGAUGUGUCAGGCCGGCUCAUGUCACGUGAAAGAGGGGACAGUGGAACAUGGUCCUGAAAAGGGACGGGUUCUUUGAGACCUGCUGCUCCGUAGUCAAGCUUGGGCUUGAGACAUGCACUGCUUUUACCGAUGCCUGGGGCAGGCUCCGGCCAUUAGGCCCCGAGUGAGACCGCACCAUGGUGCUCCCCUGCCUUCUGUGGGGAGGGGUUGCAUUCUGUUUCCGCAGGAGAAGCGAGCCCAGGAGACUCACAACGUGCCCAAGCCACACGGCCUGAGGCGGGGCAGGACUCAGGCCUUCUGCGAGUCCUGAGUGCCCUGGCUUCUGCCGGCCCCUCCCCAGGCCGCAGUCUCCUGCCCCACGGGGCCCCAGACACAGCUCGCCAGGGACUGGCCACAGAGGGCGGCCUCUAGGGUGUUUGGGCUCUGAAACGUCAAAGGCUGGUUCCAAGGCCCUGCUCGCGCUGUGGCCCCAGAAUAUGGUUCUGCGGGAAGUUUGGCAGGAGCGGAGGGGGUGCGUGACUCCCUCCGCCUCAAAGGAAGCCACCUCCCUUCUUCACGAGAACUGAUUUAAAAUCAGCCACAAAGGCUGGGAAACAGGGAAUUCUCUUCCAGGAAUGUCUCGGUGACGCUGUUUGGUCUCUAGAAAUAGAAUCACUUUUUUACCACGGCAAAGAAGUAAUAAAU